ACGGCGAUCAAAGUGACUUUUAUAUUUUAAAACAACUUUUUCGUGUCCUAAGGCCUUUUCGAGUCCGUUGAAUAUCCCCUCAGUUAUUGUAUAAAAAGGGAAUCCUCAUCAAUGGACGAUUGAUGAGGAUUUUGAGCUUCUGGAUGAAUUAAACGUUGAAAGAUGAAAAGUUUUUCAUCCCAAUCAAUCAGGUUAUUUCCAUCUCACCAGAAUAAAUCAACCAGAAAUUUUCUCUGGUUAACAUUAAUACUGGCGAUAUCAACAACUACUUGAGCCAUUUGUAGAAAAAAAAUUAAAUUUUUGAGAAGAGGAAGUGAAGAGUUAAUGAAGAAGAAGAAGAGUUGAUGUUGUUGAAGAAGAAAAAGAAGAAGAGUUGAAGAAAAAAAUAAGGUAAUAAAGACUUUUCGAAAACUAGAAAUUUUUAGUUUUCGAAAAGUUCUUCAAAUGACCUUCAAGUGCGUUCUUUCAUGAAUAACCUUGACCUUGAAAUAUGACAACUGAGUAUCGGUCAAACUUCCGUAGACGAAAUAUGGACCCUAUCGGUCAAGUGAUUUUGGAGUAAUCGUGAAAAGAAAACUAACAAGUUAGCUGAAUUGCCCUGUAUAUCAUACACACCUUCAGUGAAAGUGUGGCAGUGGAAUUUUCUAUUACAGCAUGGUCCAUUGAUGCCUGGAUGGUGUCCAUGAUUGGAUCUCUCUAAGAACAUCAUUCCAAUUGCAUGGAAUAUUAUUCGGAUUAUUUUAAUUAUUUACAUAUCCGAAAGAACUUGUCUUUGGUUUUCGUUCAGAAAAGUUUGACCUUAAGACAUUGAAGAUCUGAAGACAAGAAAAAAAUAUAUGAGAAAGUAAAAGAGAGAGAUAGAAAGAAAACAAAGAGAUUCAAUGUCAAGGAAAGGUCAAUAGAAGGUAGCAAAAGUAAAAAUUUAAAGUCACUAAAAUACAAAUAAAAUGGCUUAUUGUAUUAGAAUUUUGGUGUUUUUUCGGCGGUGUUUUAGCCGAUAUAAUAAAUGCUACUUCUGCUUCCAUCCAUUGGAGUGGUGGUGCUUCUAAUGAAAGACAAAUACUCUCUUAUAAGAUUGAGGGUCGAACUAAUCAAAAUUCUUCAUGGAUUGUAUUAGCUGAUCACAUUUUGUCUACUGGAGUAAAUCGCGAAAACUUCAGGAGUUCAACUUCAAUGUUCGAGCUAAUAAUCUCUCUCCAUGGAGCAUCUUUGAGUUCAGAGUAUCUGCUUACAAUGAUCUUGGAUCUAGUCUACCUUCCGAUGUCAGUCCACUUUACAGAAUAAAUGCCUCUUCUGAUUCUGUCCAUCAUCGUACUUGACUUAAUCGACAGCAAUAAGAAUGAUGUCAUCGUUGCUUUAUGUCCAAACACUGAAUACUUUGUAUCGGCUCGAACAACAAUGAAGCAAAUUUUACUGUUUUAUGAAACUUUUUUCCUUUACAACCUUUUGAGAGAAAAGAUUAUUAAUUUUAUGAUUGCAUUGACAACCAAAAAGCGAAUAUAAUUCUCAUCCUUACACUGGCCUUUCAUCGGCAUCCUACAUGGCUAAUAGACCAAAAUUCACUGGAUCUUACAAAAGACCUUCUUUAAGAUCAUUAAGUAAUAUAAGCCAUGAUUCGGGUGGAGUCGGGGGAUCAAACUCUUCAAAGCCAACAUAUUCAGUAUUCACCAGAUUAACCGGCCUAAAAGGUGAUCUGACUGUUUUCAAUCCAUCCACCACCGUGACACCACCGACAACAACACUGACAACAUCCUCGUCCUAUUCAACGUUACCCUCCAAUUCCACCUUCACCACUUCAUCUACGCCAUUUAACAACAGUGCCUCUCAAACCUUGAAGUCAAGUGCCUCUAUUAGUGCAUUAAAUCAAACAGGUGCCAAUCAGCAACUAAACGAAACAACGACACAUUCUAGCUUCUCGAAACCCCCUGUAGUUGUAAGGAUAGAGAAACACCAAGUUCUUAAACCUCAUGAAACUCUGGAAGCUGAAUUGCCACCACCACCAUCGAUGGCCGGUUUAUAUACUGAAGUUUUGACUAAAACAACUUUCACCGAAACAACAACCACCCGAGUUACCAACAAUAUCCUCAAGGAUUCAACCGGUUCCAUUGUAACAGAAUCAACUGUAGCAACGGAAACUCGGUCAGGAUGAGGGAAUUUAAAUCUUGUUCAUAGUUAUUUAAUUCACCAAAUCACUUAAUCUAAUCAAAUUUCAUUUUCGUUUGGUGUUAAAUUUGUAGUCAAAUUAUCAAUCUAUUUACCUUAAUUGUUUAUCAUCUUUUCCCUCGGAAUUUAGGUUAUAGCAAUUAAUUAGAAGCUAUUAUCCCUUGAGAAUGCUGUGAUUUCAUCUCACAAGAUAGUUUAAUAUCACAACAAAUUGAAUUAAUUUAAUCAAAAUAAGUGACUUAUGACUGUUAUAUAAUUAUGUGUUAAGCUCUGAACAUUUUAAAUAAGAUAACUAAACUAAUAGAUUGAAGGUUGAGAAUAGGUUACAAUUAAAUAAUCUUCAAGCAAUUAAGUUAAUUAUUUGAUAAUAUCCAAGACGACCGAGCUGCCAUCUAGAGGGGUAGAAAUUUACAAAAUGAAACUUGAGGUUAAUAUUAUUACUUAAUCAAUGUUAAUUUUUUAAUCCAAUCUGGAUAAUUAAAAGUGAUUAAUAUUUGAGUAAUUUGAUAGAAAU